AGCAAACACUCCUUCUUCUUCUUCUGUCCUCCGACUGCCGGGACCCUCCAGCAUGGGCGACCUUCUGAUGGCCGAGUUCGGGAAGGCGGCUCCUUUCCUGAGGAAGUCAGACAAGGAGCGCCUGGAAGCCCAGACCAGAGCUUUUGACAUCAAGACCGAAUGCUUUGUAGUGGACGAUAAGGUGGAAUAUAUGAAGGGACAAAUCCAAAGCAAAGAUGGAGACAUGGCGACCGUUAAGAAGGAGGACGGGACAACGGUUACCGUGAAGGAGUCGAACGUCCACCCUCAGAACCCGCCAAAAUUUGAUAAAAUUGAAGACAUGGUGAUGUUCACUUUUCUCCACGAGCCGGCCGUGCUGUUUAACCUCAAAGAGCGUUACGCCGCCUGGAUGAUCUACACCUACUCUGGGCUCUUCUGCGUCACCGUCAACCCCUACAAGUCUCUGCCCGUCUACGACUCCGAUGUGGUGUCGGCAUACAGAGGGAAGAAGAGAACCGAGGCUCCCCCUCACAUCUUCUCCAUCUCUGAUAACGCCUAUCAGUACAUGCUCACUGACCGAGAGAACCAGUCUGUCCUCAUCACCGGAGAAUCCGGAGCCGGAAAGACUGUGAACACCAAGAGAGUCAUCCAGUACUUUGCCAGCAUCGCUGCCGUCGGCAAAAGAGACCCCAGCAAGGGAACGCUGGAGGACCAGAUCAUCCAGGCCAACCCCGCACUGGAGGCUUUCGGCAACGCCAAGACGCUGAGAAACGACAACUCCUCUCGUUUUGGAAAAUUCAUCCGAAUUCACUUUGGGACGAGCGGCAAGUUGUCGUCUGCUGACGUCGAGACGUACCUGCUGGAGAAGUCCCGCUGCACCUUUCAGCUCAAGGCUGAGAGGAACUACCACAUCUUCUACCAGAUCCUGUCCAACCAGAAGCCAGAGCUCCUGGACUUGCUGCUGAUCACCAACAACCCGUACGAUUACGCCUACAUCUCCCAAGGAGAGGUAACCGUCGCCUCCAUCAACGACGCAGAGGAGCUGAUGGCCACCGACAGCGCCUUCGACGUACUCGGCUUUACUGCGGAAGAGAAGAUGGGCGUCUACAAGCUAACAGGCGCCAUCAUGCACUACGGCAACAUGAGGUUCAAACAGAAGCAGCGCGAGGAGCAGGCUGAGUCGGACGGGACGGAGGCGGCGGAUAAAUCUGCGUACCUGAUGGGGCUGAACUCUGCCGACCUCAUCAAAGGGCUGUGCCAUCCCAGAGUCAAGGUAGGAAACGAAUACGUCACCAAAGGCCAAAGUGUGGACCAAGUCUACUACUCCAUCGGGGCGGUGGCUAAGUCCGUGUACGAGAAGAUGUUCAACUGGAUGGUGGUGAGAAUCAACCACUCCCUGGCCACCAAACAGCCUCGUCAGUACUUUAUAGGCGUGCUGGACAUCGCUGGGUUUGAGAUAUUUGAUUUCAACACCUUUGAGCAGCUGUGCAUCAACUACACCAACGAGAAGCUGCAACAGUUUUUCAACCAUCACAUGUUCGUUCUGGAGCAAGAAGAGUACAAGAAAGAAGGGAUUGAUUGGGAGUUCAUAGACUUCGGGAUGGACCUACAAGCCUGUAUAGACCUCAUCGAGAAGCCGUUGGGGAUCCUGUCCAUUCUGGAGGAGGAAUGUAUGUUUCCUAAAGCCAGCGACCAGACCUUCAAGUCCAAGCUCUAUGACAAUCAUCUGGGCAAAAACAAGAUGUUCGAGAAGCCCAGGGCUGCGAAGGGGAAAUCAGAGGCUCACUUUGCCCUGGCUCACUAUGCUGGCAUGGUGGACUACAACAUCGGUAACUGGUUGGUCAAAAACAAAGACCCCCUGAAUGAAACUGUGGUCGGUCUUUACCAGAAAUCUUCUCUGAAGCUUCUCAGUGUGCUGUUUUCAGCCUUUUCAGGGACGGACAGCAGUGAGAAAGCCAGCGGUAAAGGAGCCAAGAAGAAAGGUUCCUCGUUCCAGACGGUUUCAGCCCUUCACAGGGAAAACCUGAACAAGCUGAUGAACAACCUGAAGACCACACAUCCCCACUUUGUCCGCUGUUUGAUUCCUAACGAGAGUAAAACUCCGGGGACCAUGGACAACUGCCUGGUGAUGCACCAGCUGCGCUGUAACGGUGUCCUUGAAGGCAUCAGGAUCUGCAGGAAGGGUUUCCCAAACAGGGUCCUCUACGGAGACUUCAAACAGCGGUACAGGAUUCUGAACGCCUCUGCCAUCCCUGAAGGCCAGUUCAUUGACUGCAAGAAGAGUGCAGAAAAGUUGCUGGGAUCCCUGGACAUCGACCACACUCAGUACAGGUUCGGUCACACCAAGGUCUUCUUUAAAGCUGGUCUGCUGGGCACGCUGGAGGAGAUGCGUGAUGAGCAGCUCUCCCGAAUCAUCACCAGGAUCCAGGCUAACGCCCGGGCCAUCCUCAUGAGAGCCCAGUUUGCUGAGCUGGUGGAACGUAGGGACGCUCUGAUGGUCAUCCAGUGGAAUAUCCGCUCGUUCCUGGGUGUGAAGAACUGGCCCUGGAUGAAGCUCUUCUUCAAGAUCAAACCUCUGCUGAAGAGCGCCGAGUCGGAGAAGGAGAUGGCCAACAUGAAGGACGAUUUUGGCAAGCUGAAAGAAGCUCUGGAGAAAUCAGAAGCAAGACGUAAGGCACUAGAGGAGAACAUAGUUAGCACUCUCCAAGAGAAGAGCGACCUGAAUCAGCAGCUUCAGUCCGAACAGGACACACUGACAGACGCUGAGGAGCGCUGCGAGCAGCUGAUCAAGAGCAAGAUUCAGCAGGAGGCCAAGGUGAAGGAGAUGACCGAGAGACUGGAAGACGAGGAGGAGAUGAACGCAGAUCUCACAGCUAAGAAACGGAAGCUUGAAGAUGAAUGCUCCGAGCUGAAGAAAGACAUCGAUGAUCUGGAGCUGACUUUGGCAAAGGUGGAGAAAGAGAAACAUGCCACGGAGAAUAAGGUGAAGAACCUGACGGAGGAGAUGGCUUCCCAGGACGAAAACAUCAUGAAGCUAACCAAAGAGAAGAAGGCGCUGCAGGAGGCCCACCAGCAGGCACUGGAUGACCUGCAGAGCGAGGAGGACAAAGCCAACAGCUUGACCAAAGCCAAGGUGAAGCUGGAGCAGCAGGUGGAUGAUCUGGAGGGGUCGCUGGAGCAGGAGAAGAAAGUCAGGAUGGAUCUGGAGCGCUCAAAGAGGAAGUUCGAAGGAGACCUGAAACUGACUCAGGAGAGUGUGAUGGACUUAGAAAACGACAAGCAGCAGCUGGAGGAAAAACUAAAAAAAAAAGAUUUUGAGAUGGUCCAGAUCAAUUCCAAACUAGAAGACGAGCAGGUGGCUUCGGUUCAGCUCCAGAAGAAGCUGAAAGAAAACCAGGCGAGGAUCGAAGAGCUGGAGGAGGAGCUGGAGGCGGAGCGAGCGGCUCGGGCCAAAGUGGAGAAGCAGCGCUCGGAUCUUUCCCGCGAGCUGGAGGACAUCAGCGAGCGCCUGGAGGAGGCCGGAGGAGCUACGUCAGCACAGGUGGAGAUGAGUAAGAAGAGAGAUGCAGAGUUUCAGAAGCUGCGUCGGGAGCUGGAGGAGUCCACCCUCCAACACGAGGCCACCGGCGCCGCCCUGAGGAAGAAACACGCCGACAGCGUUGCUGAGGUGGGCGAACAGAUCGACAACCUGCAGCGCGUGAAGCAGAAACUGGAGAAGGAGAAGAGCGAGCUGAAGCUGGAGCUGGACGACUUGUCCUCCAACAUGGAGAGUGUGGUGAAGAGCAAGUCCAACAUCGAGAAGAUGUGCCGCACCAUGGAGGACAACAUGAACGAGUACAAGAGUAAAUACGAGGAAUCUCAUCGGGCGAUCAACGACUUCACCUCCCAGAGGGCCAAGCUGCUCACGGAGAACGGGGAGUUUGGACGUCAGCUGGAGGAGAAGGAGUGUCUGAUAUCACAGCUGACCCGAGGGAAGAACUCGUACAACCAGCAGGUGGAGGAUCUGCGCCGACAGCUGGAGGAGGAAGUCAAGGCGAAGAAUUCCCUUGCCCACGCGGUGCAAUCGGCUCGCCACGACUGCGACCUUCUCCGAGAGCAGUUCGAAGAGGAGCAGGAGGCCAAGGCCGAGCUGCAGAGAGCUCUGUCCAAAUCCAACACCGAGGUCUCAGCGUGGAGGACAAAAUAUGAAACGGAUGGCAUCCAGAGGAUGGAGGAACUGGAAGAAGCAAAGAAGAAGCUGGUUCAGAGACUACAGGAGGCCGAGGAGGCCAUCGAGGCCGUGAAUGCAAAGUGUUCCUCUCUUGAGAAGACCAAACACCGCCUGCAAAAUGAGAUCGAAGACCUGAUGCUGGACCUCGAGCGAUCCAACGCAGCAUCUGCCGCCCUCGACAAAAAGCAAAGGGCCUUCGACAAAGUCAUGGCCGAGUGGAAGCAGAAGUUUGAGGAGUCCCAGUGUGAGCUGGAGGCCUCUCAGAAGGAAGCCCGGUCUCUGAGCACGGAGCUCUUUAAACUGAGGAACGCCUACGAGGAGUCUCUGGAUCAGCUGGAGACGAUGAAGAGAGAGAACAAGAACCUCCAGGAGGAGAUCUCCGACCUCAGUGACCAGCUGGGGGAGGGCGGCCGGAGCGCCCACGAACUGGAGAAGAUCCGGAAGCAGCUGGAGCAGGAAAAGGCCGAGCUGCAGUCGGCCCUGGAGGAGGCAGAAGCUUCUAUGGAGCACGAAGAGGGCAAGAUCCUCAGAACACAGCUGGAGUUCAACCAAGUGAAGGCCGACAUGGAGCGCAAGCUGGCAGAGAAAGACGAGGAAGCGGAGCAGGCGAAAAGGAACUACCAACGGAUGCUGGAGUCGCUUCAGUCCUCUCUGGAGUCAGAGACCAGGAGCCGCAACGAGGCAAUGAGAGUCAAGAAGAAGAUGGAAGGGGACCUGAACGAGAUGGAGAUCCAGCUCAGCCAAGCCAACAGGCAGGCGGCGGACGCCCAGAAACAGCUGAAGACCCUCCAGGCGUUCCUGAAGGACUCUCAGCUGCAGCUGGAUGAUGCGCAGCAUGUGAACGAUGACCUGAGAGAGAACAUCGCUCUCCUGGAGCGUCGCAACAACCUGAUCCAGGCCGAGCUGGAGGAGCUGAGGGCCGCCCUGGAGCAGACGGAGAGGAGCCGGAAACUGGCCGAGCAGGAACUGACCGACGCGACGGAGCGCAUGCAGCUCCUGCACUCCCAGAACACCAUCCUGAUCAACCAGAAGAAGAAGCACGAGGCUGACCUCCUGCACAUGCAGUGUGAGAUGGAGGAGGCCAUACAGGAGAACCGCAACGCCGAGGAGAAGGCAAAGAAGGCCAUCACUGACGCAGCCAUGAUGGCCGAGGAGCUGAAGAAGGAGCAGGACACCAGCGCCCACCUGGAGCGCAUGAAGAAGAACAUGGAGCAGACCAUCAAAGACCUGCAGCACCGCCUGGACGAGGCCGAGCAGAUCGCCAUGAAGGGCGGCAAGAAGCAGAUCCAGAAGCUGGAGGGCCGCAUCAAGGAGCUGGAGAACGAGCUGGAGGCGGAGCAGAGGAGGGGAACGGAGUCCAUCAAGGGGGUCCGUAAGUACGAGCGCCGCGUCAAAGAGCUCAGCUACCAGACCGAGGAGGACCGCAAGAACCUGGCCCGCCUGCAGGACCUGGUGGACAAGCUGCAGCUGAAGGUCAAGUCCUACAAACACGCAGCCGAGGAGGCGGAGGAGGCGGCCAACGGCAACGUGGCCAAGCUGCGCAAACUGCAGCACGAGCUGGAGGAGGCGGAGGAGCGGGCGGACAUCGCCGAGUCGCAGGUGAACAAACUGAGGGCCAAGACCCGGGACGGGGCCUCCAAGAAGGGCCUGGACGAGUGAGGGCCCCGCAGCUCAGGGCUGCCUGCACCUGAAGGCAUCACAGGAAGACUGGUCUGAUUUAAAUCCUUAGAGCAAGGUGUUUGAAUAUGUUCAGUGGUCAUAGGAGCGCUAACAUGUCUCUCUCUCACCUGUCUCUCUCUCUCUCUCUCUCUGUCUCCACCUGUCUCUCUCUCACCUGUCUCUCUCUCACCUGUCUGUCUCUCACCUGUCUGUCUCUCUCUCUCUCUCUGUCUCCACCUGUCUCUCUCUCUCUCUCUCACCUGUCUGUCUCUCACCUGUCUGUCUCUCACCUGUCUCUCUCUCUCUCUCUCUCAC